CAGGGGUACAGUGUGGGGCCAGCCCUGCUGGCUAAAUCUAGGCUUGCGUCCCAGCUCUGCCACUUCAGGGCCUUCACCUGGGACAGGUGCCUCGUCCUGCCCAGUGGGGCCACUUGAGUGCUCAAGUGCUAUAGAGAGCUGCUAUGGAGGUUGCAAUAAGAGGUAAGAGCCUGCAGGGCUCUUGGUGACCAACAGGUCAGCAGGUCAGCCCCUGUGCAGGUCCGGGUGUCCAGAUAAGCUAUGCUGGGCGCCGGCUCUGAGCCAGCACCUCCAUAUUUUUUAUAACUGUGUGCUCACCAGCAGUGAGCAACGUGCCUGUGCCUUCACGCCCUCAGCCACACUUGCUGUUCCGUCAAGCCACCAACAAAGAGUUAGGGACAUCCUGCCAUCUUGGGGCCCCACAUCUGGUUCUAGUGGCAGUGAUUGGCUAGAGAGAAUAGAAGUCCCUGUAGGUGGGUGCUUCCUUUCGUCCACUUGUUGAACCUUGAAAGUGUGCAGCCUAUAACCUUGGCUCUACUUGGACAUGCAUCUCUAGCCACUGUCUGCUGGGCCCUUGCUUUGUGCGAGGCUCGGAUGGCCACUCACACCUGAGGACAGCUGUGGAAAUGCAGGUGCUCCCUCCGGGCCUGUUCUUGAGGGGUCUGUGGACAUGUCCUGUGUGCUCACCACCCUCCGCCCCCAGGAGCUGGCCCUUGGCACCCUCAUGAAGUUUGUGCAGCUGGAAGGUUCCCACCCCCUGGAGAAACCCAAGUGGGAGGGCCACUACCUCUUUCCACGGGAACUCUUCAAGCUCGUGGUGGAAGGCUUGCUGUCUCUGGAGGAGGACCGGGCACUGCUCCUCUCCCAGCUGCAGAGCUCCCUGGAGUACGAUGACCUCCGCUACCACGCCAUGCAGGCAGCCACAGGGGCCCUGGCCAGGGUGACCGACGGGGGAGCAGAGGUGCCCCUCCCCUUCUGGAACAACACCUUCACCCUGCUCUCGGCCAUCAGCUUGCCUCGCCAGGAGGGCCGCACUCCCAGCUUUUACGUGAGGCACAAGGAGCCAUCAGACAAAUGGAAGGUGGCGCACCUGAAGGUGAGCAGCUCCGCCCCUCGCAGCGGCAGGGCCUGCUGAGGGGACAGCCAGCACCCUGGGACAUCAGGGUCCAGGGGGCCUCUGACCAGGCAGGGCCUCCCACCAGUCUCCCUGAGGCCCUCACUGGUAGGGAGGGGUCCUUGUGCUGUGGCCAGGAGGGCGGGCUCC